UAUUUAUACUUUUCAAUUGGUUUUUCUUUUGAAAUCGUGAUGCCAAUGAAGAGGGUUUUCAUCGCAGAAAGGUCAAUCGAUUAUUAAAACUUGUUUCUAAUGAAGAGGACUAUCUCGAAGAGUCGGCUAUUGCCCAAGAAAAUCUUGAGGUUAGUGAAUCUGUCAGAUUUUCCGAAAAUGAAUAUUCUAUCUGUCAUUUGUCAAUAGCUACUGACAUAUUGACAGCCAAAUAGCUGUUGUCUUUGACUAUCUUGACGUAAGAAAGUUGUGCGUUCGUGCGACUCGUGGCUAUAACGAUUGUGCUGUGCAACAUGUUCACUCUUUUUUGUAUAAUGUUUUAUCACAAUCUUCGUUAUAUCUCUAUGUGGCUCUUCGGCUGAGAAAGUGGUCUGUAGUACGAUUGGUAUUCGUAACUUAAUAAAAACGAAUUUUGUGAAUACUAAACAUUUGGGAAUCAUUUAUAUACUUGAAUUUCGAAUCGAAAUCUAAAAGAUUUUCAAAGUCACUUGAAACUUCUCACGAGGCUCCCUGUAGCUCGAUCGGCACUACUACGGAUAUUUGUGAUAUGCAGAGUGUUGAAUUGAAUGCAGAUUUUACGGAAAACGGAAGCAGCACAGUUUUUGAAAAGGCGGAAUGUUUAUCGCUGGAAGAGAUAACAACGCUACGGCAACAAGUGGUGCAUCUGAAUCGGAAUGUAGUGGAAUUGGAGAAUACAGUUCAAUUGAAGGAAAAUCAAUUGGAAAACGCGCAUCGUGAGACUGAGAGACUCUCUUUGGAAUUGAAGAAACAGCAACGAUGCAACAGGAAUUUGAAGCAACAGCUGGACGAUGAGAGGUUUUUCUAUCAGAAAGAAAAGGAACAUUUUUGCGAGGAGAUGCAGAAUCACAAAGCAAAGUGUUUUGGCAGCACGUUUAAGGCGCAACAGCAGCAACAACGGGAAUUUGAAAAGAUUCACGAUGGUCUUGAAGAGGAAAAUAAACAGCUGAGGGAUGAAUUAAUUGAAAAAAGUGAAACUACCUAUAACCUUUGUAUCAAGUUUUUACGUAUGAAACAUUCCAAGGAUUCAUUGAGACAGAAACUAGAUCAGCUGUUGCGAGAGCAUUUGCAAGUAAUGGCAGAUAUGAUGGAGAAGCUUGACGAAGCUCGAAAGGAAUUGAAUAUUAUUGUUUCCGAGAAAUUUCAAGAACCUUUGCCAAUGAGCAAAGCAAAGUUCUUGCAGGUCGUGCAGAGGAACAGUCGGCUGGUACACGAAAAUGCAACGUUGAAGAUGCAUAUACAGCAAUUGACACAAAAUGUGGAGAAGUUGAAGAGCGAAGCUCAAAAAACCAAGACGAUCAAUGUGGAUGCGAGGACGAUAGCGAAGUUGACGAUGCAAUGUAGAAGAAAACAUAAUGAAGAGUCUACGAAAGCAUCCGCACCUCAGUCAUAUUCAGAGAAUUUUGCGAGACAGUCCUUGCCUGUGGAAAAAGGUUUGAAUUCAUUUUCGGAUAUUCAACCUGGCGUAGACAAUUCUGGUGAUGCUAAGGGGCCGGCACGGAGCUGCGUGAAAAAAAGAAAUAGACUUUCGGAAAUGGAAAUAAUCGACAUUUAUGAGAAGCCUGUGGAACUUUGUACUGAGCGAACGCGUAGUGCACCAGAAAUCAAACAAAGUGCAGGCUUUCGUUAGGAUCAUAUUUAUAUUUAGAUCCAGUCUGAAGUAUGCAAUCAUAUGUGCAGGUUUUUUUAUCUUCGGGAUGUGUAUACAAGUGUCGAAUUAUGAUGUUUAUGAUCCAGAAUCAGGUUUUUUAGAAUAAAAUUAUCUUCAAGGAAGCUCGUAUUUAAGAUAACGAACUGUGAGUUUUUUUGUAUAAAUUCCACAUAAUUCUACUAGAACGUACCAUCCAGAGGCUCAAGCUCAGGAAAAAUAUUGACCGUCGGGAAGUUAGCGUCAAAGGAUAAAAAUUUAUAUGUUUGUAAUGCCUAAAAAAUGCUCCUUAUGCUUUUCCAAUUGUAAUCGAAUUUUCAAUAUUCCUGUGCACAGAGAUGAAUAGGGAGAUUCACAACGCUACGGUUUUAGGCGAUACCAAAAUCAUGGCGCUAAAUCGUAGCGGUGAGUCUGGAAGUAGGAUUUUGCGAUCAUCGCCUCCGUUGACAAUGUAAAUCCCGUCGCAGCCGAGCUAAACGUGAAAACGAACGCGUAGCUUGGCGGGCAGAGGUUCUCCGCUAACCCCUGCUGGUUCACAAAGCAACCCUUAGAAAUAUUAAUAAAGUAGGUGUUUGGAACAU